GCGGCGGCGGCGGGCGCCCGGGCAAGGCGCGCGCCUCCGACCGGCCCCGCCCCCUCGGCUGCCCGCGAGCCCGCCCGGCCCGGCCGCUCGUCGCUGUCGCCGUCCCGCCGCCGUCUCUCCGCAGCUGCCCGCGGGGCGCGGGCUCGGGCCGGGAGCGGAGCCGCCGCCUCAGUCCCAGACCAUGAAUUACGUGGGACAGCUGGCGGGGCAGGUGAUUGUCACCGUGAAAGAACUCUACAAGGGCAUCAACCAGGCCACCUUGUCCGGGUGCAUCGAUGUCAUCGUGGUGCGACAGCAGGAUGGCACAUAUCAGUGCUCUCCUUUCCAUGUGCGUUUUGGGAAGCUGGGCGUCCUGCGGUCCAAGGAGAAAGUGAUCGACAUAGAAAUUAAUGGCGACGCAGUGGAUCUUCACAUGAAAUUAGGCGAUAAUGGGGAAGCUUUUUUUGUGGAGGAGACUGAAGAGGAAUAUGAAAAACUUCCUGCUUACCUUGCCACUUCACCAAUUCCAACUGAAGAUCAAUUCUUUAAAGAUAUGGACACACCUUUGGUGAAACCAGGGGGAAGUGAAAGACCAUCUCAGAGUUCAGACAUCUCUCACAAAUUAGAAUCGGAGACAGCUUUCACUCCAGGUUCUGUGAAAAAGAAAAAGAGGAGGAGAAAGAAAUGCAAACAGGACAGUAAGAAGGAAGACCAGGCCACCUCACCAGCUACAGAAGAUGCCGUGGACGUGGAGCUGAGCUCUGAUGAAGACAAGGGCACCCCGGCAGCAAGAGGAUCUUCAAAUGCUUCCUUAAAGGAAGAAGAAUAUAAGGAACCUUUGCUGUUCCAUUCUGGGGAUCACUACCCCUUAUCUGAUGGAGACUGGUCCUCUUUAGACAGUGCCUAUUCCCCUGUGCCCUGCCCUAAAAGCGAUUCCGAGCUAGAAGUGAAACCCGGCGAGAGUCUGCUCAGAUCAGAGUCGCACAUGGAAUGGACUUGGGGAGGUUUCCCGGAGUCCACCAAGGUCAGCAAAAGAGAGAAACCUGAUCAUCAUCCUAGGACAGCUACAAUUACACCAUCGGAAAAUACCCAUUUUCGGGUAAUUCCCCCUGAAGACAACCUCAUAAAUGAAGUUGAAGAUCGUUUCAUGGAAGAAACCAUCUGUACCAUAGUGAAACCCAAACCCAGAGCCCUGUGUAAGCAGAUGAGUGAUGCGGCUCCUGCUGCAGACCCACUCGAAUGCCCCUUGGAAGCGCCUCUGAUUUCAUCUAUGUUAGAUGUGGACAACUUGCCCGCCCCAGCCCUCGUGGAAGCACCCUCGGACUCCAAACCAGCAGCUAAAGUAGAUUCGCCAUCUAAGAAGAAAGGUGUCCAUAAAAGAAGCCAACACCAGGGACCUGAUGAUAUUUAUCUAGAUGACUUAAAAGCUCUAGAACCUGAAGUAGCAGCACUCUAUUUCCCUAAAAGUGAAUCCGACCCUGGCUCCAGGCAGUGGCCCGAGUCGGACACAUUCUCUGGCUCCCAGUCCCCACAGUCUGUGGGUAGUGCCGCAGCUGACAGUGGCACCGAGUGCCUCUCAGAUUCCGCCAUGGACUUGCCGGAUGUCACCCUCUCCCUCUGCGGGGGCCUCAGUGAGAAUGGAGAAAUCUCUAAAGAAAAAUUCAUGGAACAUAUUAUUACUUAUCAUGAGUUUGCCGAGAAUCCUGGGCUUAUAGACAACCCUAACCUGGUGAUUCGGAUCUAUAACCGUUACUAUAACUGGGCUCUGGCUGCUCCCAUGAUCCUCAGCUUGCAAGUAUUCCAGAAAAGUCUGCCUAAGGCCACAGUUGAGUCCUGGGUCAAAGAUAAGAUGCCAAAGAAAUCUGGACGCUGGUGGUUUUGGCGUAAAAGAGAAAACAUGACCAAACAGCUGCCGGAGGCCAAGGAAGGAAAAUCUGAAGUGCCGCCAGCUAGUGAGCUGCAGCCCAGCGAGAAGGAGCCAGCCAGUGGCAGGCCGGCCGAGGAUGACUCAUCGAGUGACGACGGCUCACAGGAACUGGAAGAAUCCAUCAAAGUGGACCCUGCGCCCACCGAGCCCCCGAGCCACGGCAGCGCCACCUCCUAUAAGAAGUCACUGCGACUCUCGUCAGAGCAGAUCGCAAAGCUGAAACUGCAGGAUGGACCCAAUGAUGUUGUGUUUAGCAUCACAACCCAGUAUCAAGGUACCUGCCGCUGUGCUGGCACCAUUUACCUGUGGAACUGGAAUGACAAGAUCAUCAUUUCCGACAUCGAUGGGACAAUUACCAAGUCUGAUGCUCUGGGACAGAUUCUUCCCCAGCUGGGUAAAGACUGGACUCAUCAGGGGAUCGCGAAACUCUACCAUUCCAUCAAUGAAAACGGCUACAAGUUUCUGUACUGCUCUGCCCGUGCCAUCGGCAUGGCUGACAUGACUCGGGGCUACCUGCACUGGGUCAACGACAAGGGCACCAUCCUGCCCCGCGGCCCCCUGAUGCUGUCACCCAGCAGCCUGUUCUCCGCCUUCCACAGGGAAGUGAUAGAAAAGAAGCCAGAGAAGUUCAAAAUUGAGUGUCUGAAUGAUAUCAAGAAUCUUUUUGUCCCGUCCAAGCAGCCCUUCUAUGCUGCCUUUGGAAACCGUCCAAAUGAUGUGUACGCUUACACACAGGUCGGAGUUCCAGACUGCAGGAUAUUCACCGUGAACCCCAAGGGUGAAUUAAUCCAAGAAAGGACCAAAGGAAACAAAUCAUCGUACCACCGGCUGAGUGAGCUCGUGGAGCACGUCUUCCCGCUGCUCAGCAAGGAGCAGAAUUCUGCCUUCCCGUGCCCUGAGUUCAGCUCCUUCUGCUACUGGCGGGAGCCCAUCCCCAAAGUGGACCUGUACGACCUGGCCUGAGGCACAGCAGUUCCAUGGGGUGCUGGGUCACCCGUCCCACAACAGGGAAGAGGACUGACACUUCUGCUGGACAGAGGACUGGACGCGCACUGACAUCCAGGCACCAGCUUGGCGGGGCAGGAACAGGGCCAGCUCCUGGACCGGAAGUUGCCACGUUCCUCCUCUUUCCAGCUCUGCAGCUCUGUUGGGGUCUGCGGCUCGGGGCCCGCAGGGACAGCGAGAGGAGCUUGGACACUGCGUGGCUUGGUGCAGGCUUGUGUGCCGGGUGCUCCUUGAAUUGUGUGCUUGCAAAGGAUGGAACAGGAAACCAGGCGUGGGCCAAAGCAGUGCACUGAGUAAAGUGUUCUUUCCACUGGGCGGUUGGGAGUGUUUCUCUUGGAAACCCGGCCUUCCUUCUCAGGAGGGCGCUGUCCACAGAACUGCGCCACUCGGCCAGCAGCGGUUCACGCCCCCUGUGCCCGGUUCUCUGUGGCCUCCCCUGCCACCCUGAAACGGGAUACUGCCCCCAAGAGUUGCUGGCCCCAGCCCCUUCGGCUGUGGCCUUCUCUGACUGUGCACUGCUGGGAGGCCCUUGCUAGUUGGCAGGGACAGAUCUUACAGGGUAACCGUGAUGUCCAGCUAAACCACAGCACAUGAUUGUGUUUUGAGGGGAGCCAGGGAAAUGCCGGUGGGCACUUGAGUCCUGGAAGAGUCUCUUUUCUGUCCCCUGCCUGCCCCUCAUUGUCCCCACAUGAUGAUCGGCCAACGUGUGCAGCCACACAGACAGCACUGGGGCAGGCUGAGGUCUCUCGGCCCCUCCAGGGUAUCGAGAACCAGGAAUUCCAGGCCAGGUGUUGACAGUCACCUGGGCAGAGAGGUUGGAGGCCGCCAGGGGACCAAGCUGGGGUCUUCAUGCGGGGAGAAAGGAGAACCAGGCUCCAGCCGUGGCCCACGCUUCGGAGUGUUCCCCCUCCCCUCUGCCUUCCUCUCCUUGCACGGGGGGUCACCUCGUGCUGUCAGGUGCCCCCGCAGUUGGGAGCGGUGAUUGUUGCAGUCAAGGGUGUUGGAGAGCCCACAUGUCUCUGGGUUUCUGAAAGCCUCCAGGGUAGCUGUGGGAACUGCCCAGAGGGGUCUGGCAGGCGCCUUGUCUCAGGCCCUCAGUGGACCUGGACUUCCUGUGCUCCACCUGAAUGUCCCCGAUGGGCUCCUGACCUCUCCUGUAACCCCCGCCCCCUGCUCCUUUCAGGUGUCCUCUGGAGGGUCUCGCUCGCUUCUUGUUCUUGAUGAGCUCUUCUCCCCAGCCUGGUGACCCCAUUUGCCUGAGCCCAAAUCUCGGGACCCCAACCUUUGUCCCCAUGUCCAGAAGCACUAUCCUGUGUCAUUUUGUCUCUGCACAUUGAUCCAGUGGGUAUAUACGCUAAUUAACAUGAAUCUUUUUCCUUAUUUAAAGGAGUCCCUCUCGCUGAAAGUAGAUGAUUACUAUUACUAUAGUGUUACGAAAGUAUUGUUUGUGCUGAAAAUUCAUUGCCAUUUGGUACAAAUGACGUUUGUUCUUUCUGUGAAAGAGAGAUGACCGUGAGUGUGUUUGUACACAGACCCUCCCGGCGGCCAGCUCGGAAGAGGCAGCCUGUGCUCUGGGCGACAGGCACGAGGCUGAGCAGAGCAGGCUCUGGAAGGUGUUCUCCCCAUGCCGUGUCCCACAUUCCAGUGUCCCCUCCCUGACUUUACCAUGUGCCUCCAUGUCCGUGCUCUGGGCUUUGCAGACUGGGAGCACACACACACUCGGCCCGUAGAAGCACCACAUCAGUUGAGCUUCCAGACAUCCGCGUAGCUCUCGGGAACCCACUCGAGUUCUGGCCUCAGGGCUCCUGGCAAGCCACACAGGACGUGCCUGGCCCUGAGGAGGUGUACAAGAAGGUGUGGGAAGGCUUUUAAAAAGUAGGUAGAAAGUCACACUUUCUCGGUCUGCAGUUGGCCAGAAGAGACUGCUGCAGGGGCUCCGUCUGCCCGGUGUCGCCCUGGCUCCCCGGGAAGCUGCUCACCCAGCUCAGCACUCUCGGUUUGACGGAGUUUUUCUUUAAGUGCUCUCUCCAGGUGGAAACGACUUUUUGGGGGGUUUGUUUUGAAGGUAAGAAAUGGAGCGGGGAACUUUGCUCUUUUAAUUUAAUGAUUACAGUCUUUGAUGAAGUAUUUGAUUAUUAGCAACCUCACUAAUAAGUUUUAAGUUGUCAGAAAUUAAUUGUAACACCGGUUCAGUACUCUUAGUUAUGGCAGAGACGGUUGUCUUAAGAUGAAUGGUUCAUUUUUUUGGUGCCGUGUUUGAUGUUCAAAACAAAAUGUUACAACAAUAAAUAAACAUAAGGCAACACUUUA